UUCCCAUCAUUUUUGCGAAGCUUUCAAAGAUCGUUCAUUUUGACAAUUGGUAGCAGUCUUUAUUGUUUAAUUGAAAAUUAUAAAAAACGAUGAUUGCUAACAUUUUCAAUAAAUUUACAUAAUUAUUAAUAGUGUAAAUCUAGUAAAAAAUUUUAAGUAUGAAACCGGUUAUUUUAAUAAUCAGCUCAGUGCUGAGUGCAUUCGUUUUUUGUGAAAACAAAAUAUUUAAAACCCAGACUAUGCAACAUUCCAAUUCAAUUGAUGAUAAUCUCAUAAAAUUGCUUAGAACUUGUUUUUUGAACCAUACAAAUCCUAUCAUAACUGAUGAAAACUUCAAUGAAAUGAUUUAUGAAGCCAUAGAAAAAUUAGAACUAUCAACAUCAGUCCUGCUGAUCAAUAAAGAUCUCGGAUCAAAACUUCCCAAACCUCUGUUUCUACCAGCAUACCCCAGCUAUAUAUUGCCAGGAGAUUCGCCACACAAACUGAAAUUUAUUCUCAAAGAAUUGAAGUCAUCGCAAUGGUGGAGUAUAGAAUCCAUUUUCAUGGCGGUGGAUUUGGGAACAAACUCGUGUAAAAAUGCCCAAACAUCUCUUCAAGUUUUAUGGAAAAUGAAUUUGUUGUCUUCAUUUUACGUGUGUACCAAAAAUGAUUUGAUGAUUUACAUGUUCAACCCUUUCACCAAUAGAGCACCGAAACCAUGGACAGAAGUAGAAAUGGGAAACAAUGAAUCCGAUGAUCCGUGGACACUCUACAGCCAAGUGUAUUCAGAAGAUCAAGAAUUCUGUGAGAGCUUGUUUUUCGACAAAACAAAGAAACUUGACGGCUAUAGAAUAAAUGCUGUCACGAAUACUUUGCGAAACAAAACGUGGGAGCCUAAUAGGAUUUACAAUCUAACGACUAUCAAAGACAAAAUUUCAUCAUAUCAAAUUCAAAUGUUUGCAUCAAUUUUGUCUUGCAUGAAUGUAACGCCACUGAUUUAUUUUGAUUUACCUGGUGCGCCAGUAUCCUCCAAAGAAAUCGGUUUUGUAAUAGGUUUAAUAAACGGAUCCUAUGAUAUUGCUUUGGCUGCGCGCCCUGUGGGAGAUGAUUACAAUGUUUCAUAUAUGUUUCUAAUGAAGGAUGUAGGACUCGCGAUAUUGACUCAACAUCGUAAAUUUUUAACUCCGUUCGAAAAAAUUCGUCGCUAUUACAGCAUCGGUGUUAUAUUACUCUCUAGUCUCGUUCUUGCAAUGACAUCACUAUUGAUAACUAUUUAUUACAAACGAAAUUUCGUAGAGGCUUCGACAGAAGUUUUGAGAAUGGCUCUAAGUUCCAGUAUAGAUAUACCGUUAAUUACCUUUCCAAUCAGAAUAUACUUUAUCGGCGUUUUAUUACUGAUAUUAAUUAUUAACGCGACAUUUCAAGGACACAUAGCAUUAUUUCUUACAAAACCUGAACGUAUAACCGUUGAUAGUUUGACCAGUUUACACGAAUUAGGGUACAAGAUUCAUAUACCUCGUAUUGCUUUGAAAUCGUCUAUUUUUAUGAAACGUUAUAUAAACGCUGACCUUAGUAUCGAUUGCUCACAGCGCGUUCUGAACGAUCCUAAUGUUGCUUGCAUUGGAUACUUAAGUCGUUUAUUAGCGAUCGCGGAUAAUAAUGAUUCUUUGCAUAUCUCACCGGUAAUAGAUCGUUUUACGGCUAUGCUCCUGAUUCGCGACGAUUGGCCGUUAAAAAAUAAAGGUGAUGACAUUUUGCGGAAACACGCUGAAUUUGGGCUUUAUGAUUUUUGGGAUCAUCAAUUAAGUAUAGAUCCGUUACUGGAACUACAUUCCAAAGAAUUAUUACUGACCGAAGCGCGUUAUCGUCCAAUUAAAUUUGAGGAUAUAGAUUUUGCUUUUAUAAUAUUUGGAAUCUGUUUGGUGCCCGCGACAAUUGUUUUUAUUUUUGAAGUCUAUUAUGGAUAUUAUGUAUACUGCGAUUAAUUAUCAACAUUGUCUGAUUUACUAUUCUUAACCUUUGAGUGUAGCACUACAAAUUGUGUGUUUGUUCACACGAUACAUUAUGUACGCAUGCAACUAAAAGAAGCCAAGGUAAACUAGGAAGCGUUAGACAAUUGGCGGGUAUAAAAAUAAAAACUGAAAUUUUGUUUUCAAAAAUGAAUUGUAAUUGUAAUUUAUCAGUUCAUAAUUAUUUUGAAUAAGUUUCA